GGGCGCGGCGGCGGGCGGCUGCGAGGACAAGCGGGUGGCGGCGGCGGCGGCGGCCGGUGGUGGCGGCGGCGGGCGGCCAUGGCGGCGACAGAGGCCAGCGGCGACGACGUCCGCUGCGUGCGGCUGAGCGCCGAGCGGGCCCGGACGCUGCUGGCCGACGUGGACACGCUGCUGUUCGACUGCGACGGCGUGCUGUGGCGCGGUGAGACGGCGGUGCCCGGCGCGCCCGAGGCCCUGACGGCGCUGCGGGCCCGCGGCAAGCGCCUCGGCUUCAUUACCAACAACAGCAGCAAGACCCGCGAGGCAUACGCCGAGAAGCUGCAGCGCCUGGGCUUCGGCGGCCCGUCGGGGCCCAACGCGGGCCGCGAAGUCUUCGGCACAGCUUACUGCACCGCUCUCUACCUGCGCCAGCGUCUGGGCGGUGCGCCGACCCCCAAGGCCUACGUGCUAGGCAGCGCGGCCCUGGCCGCCGAGCUGGAGGCCGUGGGCGUCACCUGCGUGGGCGUGGGACCCGAGCCCCUGCAGGGCGAAGGCCCCAGUGCCUGGCUGGAGGCGCCCCUGGAGCCCGACGUGCGCGCUGUCGUGGUGGGCUUCGACCCGCACUUCAGUUACAUGAAGCUCACCAAGGCUGUGCGCUACCUGCAGCAGCCCAGCUGCCUGCUUGUGGGCACCAACAUGGACAACAGACUCCCACUCGAGAACGGCCGCUUCAUCGCGGGUACCGGCUGUCUGGUCCGAGCCGUGGAGAUGGCCGCCCAGCGCCAAGCAGACAUCAUAGGGAAACCCAGCCGCUUCAUCUUUGACUGCGUGUCCCAGGAGUAUGGCAUCAACCCGGAGCGCACAGUCAUGGUGGGUGAUCGCCUGGACACAGACAUCCUCCUGGGCGUCACCUGUGGUCUGAAGACCGUCCUGACCCUCACCGGAGUCUCCACUCUAGGAGACGUGAAGAGUAAUCAGGAAAGUGACUGCAUGUCUAGGAAGAAAAUGGUCCCUGACUUCUAUGUUGACAGCAUAGCCGACCUUUUGCCUGCCCUUCAAGGUUAAAGAUUUAGUGUCUUUAAUCUCCAGAAUAAAAAAAAAAUGAAAAAUCACUUACCCAGAUUAAUAGGUGGGGCUUAAGCAUCGCUCAGCCAGGUGGCUUCAAAGAGUAUUACUUGGAGUUAAGCAGAGGCACUAGUUUUAAUCUUGUAAGUAAACGUUUGGGGGCGAUUUUGUUUACAAAUGCUUGUAUUUUGAGAUGCACUUUUAAGCUUGGAGGGCAUUGUGGGGUGUCCUGGGCCUCAGGUGCCAGUUGGCCUGGCCAUUGGUUCAACGUAUGCCCAGGAUUUAGGUAACCUCAGGGCCUGCUGGUGGGACCGAGGUGAGGUGUCAUGUAUUUUAUUGAGCAUUUCAGGGAUCAGAGCAUCUUGUACAAACCGGCCCAGGGCCCCCUUGGUGUGGUCACCAACAGUGGAGCCUGCUGGUGCCUCUCAGCUCCUCAGCUGCCCUGUGGGGGGUGGAGGAACGGGCUGCACUUGGGUGAUGUCUCCCUGUCCGUGGGGUGUGCGCCGCUGCCCUCACUACCAGCACCACCCCCACCGCACCCUUCCUUAAAAACCACUCUGAUGUCACAAUUGAGUGUCUGUUCUGUCUCAGAUACCCACGUUUGCCACUCCAACACGAUUGUGCGGUUCUGUAAACUCAGCCCAGCCAGACCUUGGCUUUUUCAGACGUGCACAUAAACCCAGGUGACUUGGCUGAGUGUGUUGCUUGCCGAGUGGCUGGGGGGGCGCAGGAUUGUCUUCCUUGUUCUCUGGGCUGCUGUGCCCAGGGCAGCACAGAAGUUAUUUUUAUUAAACUUUUGUUCAACUUUG